UCGUUUGCCUGGGCCGCUGGAGAGUCUCUUCUUCGCGGGCGCUGGGCCGCCAUCUUAGAUGGCGGGAGUAAGAGGAGAGCGAGAGUGAGACGGGGAGGCUCCCCUGCCGCUCUUCUUGGGCCCCGAAGAGGGCCAGCUGGCUGGGCUUGGGGCGUGUGCCCUGAGGUGCGGAGCCCGAGUGCAACGAUGCGAGGGCUGCCUGGGGCCCCGUCCCCUGGGCUGGGGACGCGCCGAAUGUGACCGCCUCCCGCUCCCUCACCCGCCGCGGGGAGGAGGAGCGGACCAGACGCCGCAGCCGGACGACGGGACACGGAGGCGGCCCGGCUCCCUCAGGGCUCUGCGUGUGCCCUCUGGUAUUCAUUCUUUGGUGGGAAGAAUGAUAGGAUCUCCCGUGUUUCCUUGGGAUGUGACUGGGUUCUCGAGGAUUACUUAAUCUAGGUUUAAGUAUUGUGUAAGCUGCAUCAAUGGAGCACAUACAGGGGGCCUGGAAGACGAUCAGCAAUGGUUUUGGAUUCAAAGAUGCAGUGUUUGAUGGCCCCAGCUGCAUCUCCCCUACAAUAGUUCAGCAGUUUGGCUAUCAGCGUCGGGCGUCAGAUGAUGGCAAACUUACGGACUCUUCUAAGACAAACAGCACUAUCCGUGUUUUCUUGCCAAAUAAGCAAAGAACAGUGGUCAAUGUGCGAAAUGGAAUGAGCUUGCAUGACUGCCUUAUGAAAGCACUCAAGGUGAGGGGCCUGCAGCCGGAGUGCUGUGCGGUGUUCAGACUUCUCCAGGAACACAAAGGUAAAAAAGCACGCUUAGAUUGGAAUACUGAUGCUGCCUCAUUGAUUGGAGAAGAACUUCAAGUAGAUUUCCUGGAUCAUGUUCCCCUCACAACACACAACUUUGCUCGGAAGACCUUCCUGAAGCUUGCCUUCUGUGACAUCUGUCAGAAGUUCCUGCUAAAUGGAUUUCGAUGUCAGACUUGUGGCUACAAAUUUCACGAGCACUGUAGCACCAAAGUACCUACUAUGUGUGUGGACUGGAGUAAUAUCAGACAACUCUUAUUGUUUCCAAAUUCCACUAUUGGUGAUAGUGGAGUCCCAGCACUGCCUUCUUUGACAAUGCGUCGGAUGCGAGAGUCUGUUUCCCGGAUGCCUGUUAGUUCCCAGCACAGAUACUCCACACCCCAUGCCUUCACAUUCAACACCUCCAGCCCCUCCUCUGAAGGUUCCCUCUCCCAGAGGCAGAGGUCGACAUCCACACCUAAUGUCCACAUGGUCAGCACCACGCUGCCUGUGGACAGCAGGAUGAUUGAGAGUAACAGCCUGAAUGCUUCUCCCAGGGCGUGGUCCAGACGAUUUUGUUUGAGGGAAAGAGAUGCAAUUCGAAGUCACAGUGAAUCAGCCUCACCUUCAGCCUUGUCCAGCAGCCCCAACAAUCUGAGCCCAACGGGCUGGUCACAGCCUAAAACCCCUGUGCCGGCACAGAGAGAGCGGGCACCAGGAUCCGGAACCCAGGAGAAAAACAAAAUUAGGCCUCGUGGACAGAGAGAUUCAAGCUAUUACUGGGAAAUAGAAGCCAGUGAAGUGAUGCUCUCCACUCGGAUUGGGUCAGGCUCCUUUGGAACUGUUUAUAAGGGCAAAUGGCAUGGAGAUGUUGCGGUAAAGAUCCUAAAGGUUGUCGACCCCACACCAGAGCAGUUCCAGGCCUUCAGGAAUGAGGUGGCUGUCCUACGCAAAACACGGCACGUGAACAUCCUGCUCUUCAUGGGGUACAUGACAAAGGACAACCUGGCAAUUGUGACCCAGUGGUGCGAGGGCAGCAGCCUCUACAAACACCUGCACGUCCAGGAGACCAAGUUCCAGAUGUUCCAGUUGAUUGACAUCGCCCGGCAGACUGCUCAGGGAAUGGACUAUUUACAUGCAAAGAACAUCAUCCACAGAGACAUGAAAUCCAACAAUAUAUUCCUCCAUGAAGGCCUGACGGUGAAAAUUGGCGAUUUUGGUUUGGCAACAGUCAAGUCACGCUGGAGUGGUUCUCAGCAGGUUGAACAACCCACUGGCUCUGUCCUGUGGAUGGCCCCAGAGGUGAUCCGAAUGCAGGAUAAUAACCCGUUCAGCUUCCAGUCUGAUGUCUAUUCCUAUGGCAUUGUACUCUAUGAGCUCAUGACAGGGGAACUGCCUUACUCCCACAUCAACAACCGAGAUCAGAUCAUCUUCAUGGUGGGCCGAGGGUAUGCCUCCCCAGACCUUAGUAAGCUAUACAAGAACUGCCCCAAAGCAAUGAAGAGGCUUGUAGCUGACUGCGUGAAGAAAGUUAAGGAAGAGAGGCCUCUUUUUCCCCAGAUCUUAUCUUCCAUCGAGCUGCUCCAACACUCUCUACCGAAAAUCAACCGGAGCGCUUCUGAGCCAUCCCUGCAUCGGGCGGCGCACACCGAGGAUAUUAAUGCCUGCACGUUGACCACGUCCCCUAGACUGCCUGUCUUCUAGCUGACUUCACACCUGCACUCAGGCCACCAGGGGAGGAAGGGAAGUCAGCAGGCACCACCUUUCUGCUCCCUAUCUAUGGGGACAGAGCUCAUCUUCAGAGAAGCUGCUGCUAAGGACCUUCUAGACUACUCACAGGGCCUUAACUUCAUGUUGCCUUCUUUUCUAUCCUUUCUGGCCCUGGGAGAAGGAAGCCAUUCGCAAUGCUGGUUUCUCCUGCUCCCUCCCUGCAUCCCCACACUCAUGAGCCAAGCCUUCUCCAGAUGCACCAAUGGCUGCUGAUGGCAAUACAUGAUCUGGGGCCCCAGCUAUUGGCUAAAUGAGUAUUUUUAGGGCAGGAAAAAGCACUCGGAGGGGAAAUGAAGGUAGCAGGGCAGGCAAACCAGCCCUGAUGUGGGGACACAUGGAUUUUGGAAAUCAGCUCCUAUGAGGAACGCUUAUCACAGGAAGGACUUUUCUUCAGCGAGUGGUGUAGCACCAAACAAACAGGUAGUUUUGCACAUAAUGCACUAAACAGCCGAGGACUGUCAAGACCAUGGCCGCCUGAAGAAGCCUGCUUUGGUACUAUGGAACUUGACUUUGGGGACACUUUCUUUUCUUGGAGGUCUCUAGUGCAUUGGGAUGGUUUUCCCGAAGAGGCGCUUGGCCUGCCCCUCCCAGUCUCCGCCCUCUCAGGGAGCAGUCUUCCAUCAUGCUGAAUUUAGUCUUCCAGGAGCUGCCCCUAUGGGGCGGGGCCACCAGGCUAGCCUUGUCUCUCUACAGUCAGUCACAUCAUGUAUACAAGGAAGCCAGGAAUACAGGUUUUCUUGAUGAUUUGGGAUUUAAUUUUGUUUUUAUUGCGCCUGACAACACCACAGUUAUCCAAUUGUUCCUCAAUUAUGUUAUUUUAAUAAAAUAAAUUAAAUGUA